AUGAAACAAGAACAACAAUUAUAUUUAUUACCAAUUAAUAAUCAUCAAUAUAAGAAUGAAGAAUCACUAACGUCUUCUAAUCAUAUUUGUUAUUUACAUUCGAAUCUUUUAAAAGAAAGAGAAUUGCGAUUAGGUCAAUGGGUAUUUUUAAGUAUACCUCUUACAACUACUGACAAUAGUAAUAAUAAUAGAUUAAUAAUAGUUUCACAAAUAUGGAUAAAUAGAGAAUCAUUUAAAGAUAAUAUAAUACAAUCUAUACCUUUUAUUUAUUUAAUUAUAAAUGAUAGUAGUAGUAAUGAUGAUGUUGAUAAUAUAAAACAAUCAAAACAAUAUAAAGAGAUAAUUCAAUCAUUAAAUUAUAAUAACAGUAAUAAUAAUUAUACUUUAAACAAUGAAAGAUUACCUAUUCCCAUACCGAAACCUUUGAAUGUCAAUCUUUAUACAAUACCCAAUAAUCAACAAAAUAUUUUAUUAAAAAUAGAUAUACUAUUAUUAGAAGUUAAUAAUGAUUCAAUACCAAUGAAAUCAAAACAUCAAUAUUUAAAAGAUAUUUUAAAUGGUAAAUUAAUUGGUAAUGGAUUCAUGAUUGGUAGUCUUGAUAAACCUCAAUUAAAAGUUAUAAAUGUAUAUAAUGAUGAAAAGAUUGGUUUAGUUUCAUUAUCUACAAAGAUUAAUAUAUUCAAUGAAAAUGAUAUUGACAAGCAACAACAACAGCAACAACAACAACAACAAGAAUAUAAAGAUGAUAAAAAACAAAUAAAAGUAGAUAGAAUCAAAUCAUUGUUGGAAAAGAGAAGAGAAGAUCAUGAUUCAACCAAUAGUAUAGGUUCAAUUAUGAUUGGUGGAUUAGAUAAGCAAUUCGCUAUUCUAGAGGAGAUGAUCAUCUAUCCGAUGUUGUUUAGAUCGGUGUUUGAUCAUCUAUCGAUCAAUCCACCCAAAGGAAUACUGUUGAAAGGUGAGCCCGGCACUGGAAAGACGCAUAUCGUUCGAUCGAUUGCCACUUACUAUGCGAUCGAUUUGAUAUGUGUCGAUGCGACAAAGAUUAGUGGUACCUACCUGGGUGAUACCGAAGCUGCUUUGCGACGUAUCUUUGGCGAUGCCACCAAGCAAUCGAGAGACAAACCGGCCAUUCUCUUCAUCGAUGAGAUCGAUACGAUAUGUCCACCGAGAGCACAGGCAAACAACAACGAAUCGCGUGUCGUCGGACAGCUACUCACACUGAUGGAUGGUAUCGAGUCGCGCAGUAACAAUCUCAUUGUCAUAGCGGCGACGAACCGUCCCAAUCAUAUCGAUCCAGCACUCAGAAGACCCGGUAGAUUCGAUCGUGAACUAGAGAUACCCGUUCCCGACAGACAUCAACGUCUACAAAUAUUAAAGUUAUACACAAAACAUCUACCUAUCAAUGUUGAUCUAUCUGUAUUGUCGGAUGAAUGUACAGGAUAUGUCGGUGCCAAUUUACAAUCUGUAUGUAGAGAUGCUGCGUUUAUUGCUUUUAAAAAGUAUGAGAGUGGAAUGAAGCAAGAGAAGACGAUAGAUCACCAGGAUUUCGUAGAGUCGAUAAAGAGUAAUCCACCAAGUUUGUUGAGAGAGAAUAGAGUCGUAGAGAUUCCAACAGUUACUUGGGAUGAUAUUGGUGGUCUAGAAGAUGUAAAGCAAGAGUUACAGCUGGCUAUUGAAUGGCCAAUGUUACAUGGUGAUACCUACAAGCGGUUAGGUUUGUCACCACCCAAAGGUAUUUUGUUAUACGGUCCACCGGGUUGCUCAAAGACUACAUUGGUCAAGGCAAUUGCAAACAGUGCUAAGCUGUCGUUCAUCUCGAUGAGUGGUGCCAAUGUGUUCUCUCCGUUCUUGGGUGAUAGCGAAGCAACUAUCAGAGCGGUAUUCAAAACUGCGAGACAAUCGACACCGAGCAUCUUGUUCUUUGAUGAAAUCGAUGCGAUUGUUUCGAAGCGUCAAUCAUCAGAGUCUGGAGAUAGCGCACAAUCAAGAGUACUUUCAACGUUCCUCAAUGAAAUGGAUGGUUUCGAACAGCUGAAAGGUGUCAUUGUUGUUGGUGCUACUAAUCGUCUCGACAUGAUAGAUAGUGCAUUACUUAGACCUGGUAGAUUUGAUAAAAUUUUAAAAAUAUCAUUACCUGAUCAACAAACAAGAUUAAAAAUUAUAAAAGUAAAGACAAAGAAUUUACCAUUGGAAAGUGAUAUCAAUUUUGAAGAAUUAUCAAAAAUGACUGAAGGAUAUAGUGGAGCUGAUAUUGAAAAUUUAUGUAAAGAAGCAUCUAUAUGUUGUAUGAGAAGAGAUUUAAUGAAUGGUGUGGUUUCAAUGAAUGAUUUUAGGAAUGUAUUUAAUCAAAAAGUAAAACAUCAAUAA